GAAGGCCAAAAAAAAAAAAGAAAAAGAAAGAAAGAAAAUGCAAGAGGGGACGUGGCAGGCUGCGAUCCCACAAAGAUGUUCCCUUUAACUUCCACUGACAGCCUCAUGCAACUGGAAAAUCUCCACACCCUCUCUCUGAUUUCCUGAUAAUAUUAUGUGGAUAGGAUUGGCCCAACAAGUGAAAUGCCACUAACUCUACAAUACCAAAUUGUCUUCACGUGCAGAUUCCCCACUCAGACAGUCCAUGCAAAUUCCUCUUCUCCUCUGCAGUGCAAUCUAAUGCUCGAAGAAUCAGAUUCAGAUCGGCCUGGGGGAUCUGAGUUUUUGUUGAAAUAUCUCAAAAAUGAGACCACUGCUCCCAAUUCUUCUGCUGUUGUUGAUGUAUCGAUGAAAUUGUGAGACAUGGAUAUGUAGAAGCUACUAAUAUGCAAAAUCAGCAGCCAGAGAAGGUCCACACAUUCCAAGAAUCAGCAAGGCAUAUGGGAGACCACAGUAGAGAAAAGACCCGCUCUAUAAUAGUAAGGAAGCAGCAGAAUGGGGCGAUGAUGAGCAACUCAAAAGUUCAAGCAUCAAAAACCAUGGAGCCACACAUACAAGAGAAGCAAAUACACUCGUUUUCAGCCUCAAUGAGUUCUCCUAGUGAAUCCGCCUGCCCUAUCUGCAUGAGCAAUAAUCAUUGCCAAACAGUUCGCUCAAGAACCAAGUUGAUGAAUACUUUGAUAGAGAGGAGAAAGCCCCGUGAAGUGCAUUUCAUUUUUAAAGCUUUAACAGAAGAAGGCCACAGGCCAACUCUUGUAACAUACACUACCGUUUUAGCUGCUCUCACACUCCAGAAACGUUUCAAGUCCAUUCCUUCUCUCCUCUCUAAGGUGGAAAAGAAUGGACUUAAACCUGACUCAAUAUUCUUCAACGCCAUGAUCAAUGCUUUCUCUGAAUCUGGGAAUAUGAAAGAGGCAAUGAAAAUAUUCCAGAAAAUGAGGGAGAAAGGCUGUAAGCCUACCAUCAGCACCUUCAACACCUUAAUUAAAGGAUUUGGAAUCAUAGGUAAGCCUGAAGAAUCUUUAAAACUAUUGGAUACCAUGCAACAAGAAGAAAAUGUGAAACCCAAUGACAGGACAUACAAUAUUCUUGUCCGAGCUUGGUGUAGUAAGGACGAUGUUGAAGAAGCAUGGAAUGUAGUUUAUAGAAUGAUUUCAGCUGGAGUCCAGCCUGAUGCUGUGACAUAUAACACAAUCGCAAAGGCCUAUGCUCAAAAAGGGGAAACCAGCAGAGCUGAAGCUAUGAUUUUUCAGAUGCAAAAUGAAAAGGUGCAACCAAAUGAGCGGACUUGUGGUAUUAUUGUAAAUGGUUACUGCAAGGAAGGAAACAUGACAGAUGCAUUGAGAUUUUUGUAUAGAAUGAAGGAUCUACGAGUGCACCCGAAUCUUGUUGUUUUCAACUCACUUAUCAAGGGAUUUCUGGACAUUAAUGACCCUGAUGGAGUUGAUGAGACGCUGAGUUUGAUGGAGGAAUUUGGGGUAAAACCUGAUGUAGUAACAUUCAGCACAAUCAUGAAUGCAUGGAGUUCUGUCGGGCUCAUGGACAAGUGCCAAGAAAUAUUUGACGACAUGGCUAAGUCUGGGAUAGAACCUGACAUCCAUGCUUUCAGCAUUCUUGCAAAAGGCUAUGUUCGUGCAGGAGAGCCUGAAAUGGCUGAGGGACUGUUGAAACUCAUGAUAAAUUCUGGAGUCUAUCCUAACGUUGUAAUAUUCACUACAAUCAUCAGUGGGUGGUGUACUGCUGGGAAAAUGGAAUAUGCUCUUAGGGUGUAUGAGAAGAUGUGUGAAAUGGAUGUAUCCCCAAAUUUAAAGACUUUCGAUACUCUUAUAUGGGGUUAUGGAGAAGCAAAACAGCCAUGGAAAGCAGAAGAGUUCCUCCAUGAUAUGGAGAAAAAAGGUAUUCAUCCUCCAAAGAAAACUAUACAGCUAGUUGCUGAUGCAUGGCGAGCCAUUGGAUUCUUGAGUGAAGCCAAGAGAAUCCUAAAUGGUUCAGACGAUGAUCAGACUGUUACAUCAAAUGGCAGUAAGAAUGAGAGCCCUCAAACUAAUGUGGGAAAACUUUAUCCGAAAGAGACACAGAAUGGCUCAUAUUCGAGUCUUGUGGUAGUACAGGGCAGUGUUAUAAACCAUCAGAACGGGACAACUGCUGUUACUGGAAAGAGCCAUAUGGUUCUGAAGACAUCAAAAUCUUCUUCUAGAUGCCUGACUACAGUGUUCAAAUCCAUUUUGCUUCCAAAGACUUGCAGGUUGACAGCUAAAACACCAGUUCUAUGGCAUGUACAGUUCCGUGCCCUGGAAAAGAAUCAUGGGUACACGUCCUGUAAAAUAGGUUUCUAAAAUGCAUCAAGCUUUUGUGAAUGUUGAUACAUGCAGCUUGAACUUAGACGAAUUGGAGGAUUACAAAAGCAGAAUUUCAUUGUGUUGGGCAUCAAUUUAAGAAAUUAUUUUUAAGCAUA